AUGUCCACAGAAGCAGAAUCACACUACUUCAACAGCUACCCACCCCCCAAAGCUCUCCAACGCCAUGAAUCCCUCACGCGAGCUUUUGUCCAGCUCCAAGUCGAGAAAAACCGACGCGUCGUGUUGGUGACCAGUGGCGGAACCACAGUUCCUCUCGAAAACCAAACAGUCCGCUUCAUCGACAACUUCUCCGCCGGCACGCGCGGCGCCUCCUCCGCCGAACAAUUCCUCGAAAACGGCCACUCCACCAACUGCUUUCUGGACUUUAUGGACGAAGACCCCUCCACAUCCUCCAUCGUGGUCAGAGAGGAAUACCAAACGUCCAUGCGCGACGUUCUGCGCAAAUACAGACAUGCCAAAGACAACAAUCUGUUGCUUGUACUGCCCUUCACGACCGUGACGGAAUACAUGUUCGAACUCCGAGCGCUGGCGCAUAUCAUGAAACCCCUGGGAGCGAAUGCACUGUUUUACCUAGCCGCCGCAGUCAGCGAUUUCUUCAUUCCGAGAGAUCGAAUGGCAGAACACAAAAUACAAUCGUCCGAGAUUCCGGCCUAUCUCACCAGCUCUAACACUACCACCACUACCGCCGCCUCUGCGGAUGAUACUAUUCAAGACGACGAGGUAUACACAGGCUACAACGACCCGCCCGAAAAGGAAGAAGACGAACACCGAUCCAAAAAAUUAAUCAUCGACCUGGACCCCGUGCCCAAGUUCCUGCAUCGACUAGUCGACGGCUGGGCUCCGGAGGGAAGCUACAUCGUCUCCUUUAAGCUGGAGACGGACCCGGCGCUGCUAGUAUACAAAGCGCGUACGUCGCUGCAACGAUAUGCCCAUCACCUGGUCAUUGGCAAUUUGUUAUCCACCAGAAAGUGGGAGGUGGUAUUCGUCACGCCCGAGGAGCCGCAUGAACGGUGGAUACGCGUCCCGAAAGCGAAGAGGAGUAAAUCGAUUUCGGGCAGUGAGAAUCAAAUCGGUCUUGCGGAGAAGGUGCUGCAUCCUUCCCAAAUAUCAUCCCAAGGCGACGGGGGCGAAGAGAGCAGACGUGAGGUCGAUGGAGAGGAGGUCCCCGAUGGAGGACUCGAGAUUGAGAGUUUGAUUAUCCCCGAGUUGGUGAAAUUGCAUUCUAAGAAGAUCGAAUCUAGACGAUAG